CCCGCCAGCGCCUCGCCACCGCCGCCAUCUUGGCUACCACAAGCACUUCCGGUCAGCGCCGAGAUCCGGUUCCGGGUCACUCAGUCUCGCCGGGUGAACAUGAACUUCCGGAGUGCAAAAGAAGAGGUUGCUGAUGAAACCAACCCCUUUUCCUUCAAGGAGUUUGUCAAAAUCAAAAGUCAAUCAACAGCGAAGAGGAAAGAGGUGAAAGACAAGCCACAACAACACCUGAAGGGCUGUUCCGGAGUUCCCUUUGAGGAGGCUGCCACUACCUCCAAAGGACUGAGUCUGAGUUUGCUGGAGCACUAUCUCCCAGAUGGGGUGGCCCGCAGCCCUUCCUUGGAAGAGGAUGACGAUGACUGGAGUGAGAUGUACCAGCCUGCGGUCAUGGAGGCGGCUCACGAGUUCAGCUUCUCCGACUCGCUCUGCGGCGUGUCCUACUCUCCGCUCACCCUGAGUCCCACUGAGCUUCCACACCAGUUCACACCAUCCGAGUGGCUUGUAGACGAGGAGGAGGAGGAGGAGGAGGGAGAGGGGGAGGAAGAGGAGGAAGGAGAAGAGAAGGGUUAUAUUUUGGGCGACACAGCGUCACAGGCUGGGGCCCCUGACGAUGAACCUGAGCCCCCAAGAGAUCAUUUUGACUUGGUGGGAGAGGUGCUGUAUCAAAGCCAGCUGCUGACCAAUGAGAAGGCAAGUUCCAGCUAAACUAAACUCGUGCAGAUGCUGGAAAUCUGAAAGUGCGGGAAAUCCUCAGCAAGUUCAGGCAGCAGGCAUGGAGAGGGAAACAUUGAUCCCGGGCUGGUAUUGGUGGUCUCCCUGAGUGGCUGGAGAGUCAGCGAGAGACCCAUGUGACCUCCUCCAGGGCAUUUCCCCUCCCCCCAACCCCGAGGUAUCGGUGUCGAGCAUCAUACAGGCAGC